UAGGAUUUUGGUUUCAAAAUUUUUAUGAAUUUUCAAUUUUCGGUUUUCGUAAGAUUUUGUAAUUUGUUGUCUUUUUUCCCUUAAUUGAUGUGUAUUGUAAUUUUGUGAAAAAAUUGUUAUUUACAAGAUAAUUUCGAACUUAGUACUAAUUUGUGAAUCAUUUAGCAGCAGUACCUUUUAAUACCUUAUUCUACAUAACAAUGAACGACAACGAAAAAGAAGAAGCUGCUAAUUUGAAAGAAGAAUUCGAAUGGGUUCUACGUGAAGAAGUACAUGCUAUACUACACCAGCUCCACACUGUGUUGGUUGAAUGUGCACACAGAUUUCCAGUGCCAUUAUAUGGAAAUGAAGGACAAAAACAGGAUAAGUUUAUUUUGACCUCUCAACCAGAACAACUCAAAUGCAUAUUAACACUUACUGGCGACAGCAUCACACAUGCAGAUAUAAGCUUCAAAGUAUUAAGACAGAUGCACUUAAUGUGUCGAACAUCAAUUAACCAAGAUGGUCCAUGGAAGUUGCAGCAGAUACAAGAUGCAGCUAACCAUUUGCAACAAGCUAUUGGUUACAUUGAUAAUGUAGACAAACAUUAUGUGUUUAGGUCAUCUGAAGAAGUGUUACAUAUAAUUCAGUGUCUAAUUGGAUCCUUGCAAAGAGCGCGCACAGCUCUUGUGUUACCAAAGAAAAAAGCCAUUGAUGAGUUAAUGAAAAGUCGAAAUAUGAAAGCUCUGUCUCCAAAUUUACCCGAGGAUCUGGCGAUAUCCUUCUACAUACAAUCACACAAACUGAUUUUCGUGGCUUAUCAGCUGAGUUCAGUUCACGGGACAAUGCGCAUUGACUCUUGUCAAGCUGACUGCGCCGUACCUUGGCUUAGCGAUGUCCUUUUUAUGCUAACUGCAGCGCUCCAUAUGUGUCAACAACUAAAGGAUAAGCUGUGCGUCUUCUCUCAGUACAAAGAUUUCACAGUCGGAUCAAGAUCUGCGUCUACAGUGUUUAAUUAAUUGCAUAAUAGACAUUAUAUCAAUAUUUAUUCAGUUAAAUGCAUUUAUUAGUAUUACGAAAAUAUAAAACCUUAAAUGAGAAUUUUCCAUUUUGUUUAUACUGAAUAAGUACUGAUAUAAUGUUUUAAAAUCAAUAUUUACUAUAGUGAACUUAAAAAUGUCGAUAAUAUCAAUUACUCUAAGGUUAGAUCCAGAACGAGAACCUAGCGCGACAAUGUCAAAAUCUGACGUACCUUAUACAUAGCGCUAAAUUUUGAUUAUGGACUUUACCAUCUUGUACUUUGUUAGUUGAACGGCCACGUGAUCUUUGGCCUUCUGUGUUACCAACCAUGAUUAGUUUCUCCAAGUUGUCAUCGCCUCUGUGCAUAAUCAUCUAUAAAUUUUAUUUGUGUGUACAUGAUAAAUGACAUCCUUCUUUGAUGGAUACAAUUAUUUAUAAUCGUAGUUAAGGGUUUGGAUCUCGACUUGUAAAUAUUUAUUUAUUAAAGCCGCGUAUCGACUACGUGCUCCUGGAGCGAGCGCAAUGAAUCACCGCGCCUAAAGAGCGUUCCGCGGAACGCGUUCCAAGCAUUUGAAGUAGAACUCAGCGGCAACUGUUCCAGUGUUUGACACUUUAUGGUUUUUAGUUUUUUAGUGCCUAGUUCUCUAAGCGAUUUAUUAUGAUACGAGGUAUUCAAAGAAAUCGACGACCGUCGGAACGGACCGCUCCGCGUUCGUGCGAUACAACGAACAUAUUGGCGCGCGCUCCAAAGUGUAUCCAAUUCGCGCGGCUGGAACGCCCGCUUGGAGCGCGUCUUCGAUACGCGGCUUAGAGGUGAUGUUCAGUAUAGUAAAUAUUGUUUAUCACAUAUUAAAUUGAUACUAUUCGAGUCCAUUGUUGAUAUUCUUGUUGACUUUGUUGUAAUGUUUGUAAUAUAAUAUAGAUUAUACCAUGUUAAUCUUUCCAAGUAAAGAGAGAGCAUUACUAAAUAUACGCUACUUAGGAAGCGGCGAUGCUUUAUGCGAAUGAUUUCUGAUAUCUUAGGUCGCUAGGUAGCUAUACGAAUCCUAUACUGAAAAGUCAUUAGUCAAAGUCCAGACUUAUAUAUUAAAAAUUUAGCGACCUCAUUCAUUCAUAAAAUCAGUCUUAUUACGAAAGAAACGAGUGACUAAAGCAGGCCAACGAACAUUACGUUCGAAUAGUUAACGUAAUAGAAUAGUAAAGUUCUAUUAUUUUACGUUAAUCAUAAAAAUAAUUAAGGUUUGUGGAACCAGCUGCCAGCUGAAGUAUUUCCGAACCAAUUCGACUUAACUUAAACCGAUAAUUUCGUGUUAGAAAUUGCAUUACACUAAGGCUGAUUUUUUAAUGAAUAAGGUAAGUUUUCAAUGCUUGUUCCUAAAGGUUAAGAAAUGUUUUCAUUGCCUUAGUUAUAGCAGUAUUGAACGGAUAAUAAGCCCUUUGAGGCUUCGUACAAAAUGCAUAGUCAUAGGAAUCACAAAAUCGUUAUAAUUAAUUUAGUUCGCUCAUAGAUCUGAGUUUUAGUUAUAGUUUUUUUAUGAACUUUUAACAGAGCCUUUAAAAUCACUAUAUUGUAUAUUACAAUUUAAUCAUGUAUUGACAGAAAAAGAUUUCGUCAUAGAUCUAUAUUUUCAUUUAAAUGCUUGUUAUUUUCUAUAUUUGAAAGAUGUAUUCCUCCAUACAUUAAUAGUUUUGACGUCUCAAUUCGGUAUUGAAAAGUAUAAAAUCUGUAACAAGAGGAAACUUACGUGCGCACCCGUGUACGCAGUGAUUAAAAAGUCUUUUGGACUGAAAAUUAUAUAAUUUUCGUAGUGCACAAAUCCAAUGGUUGUAAUAUGUUUACAUGCCCUAUUAAUUUCUGUGUGCUUGGUAAUUUGGAAUUUUAAUUUCUAAUUUAUCGUAUAAAAUUAGUUGGUACUUUCUCUUUCAUUAAUCAUGUCUGGAGUCUAAAGUUAUAUAGUGCAUUUUUAGUAUAUGCAAGUGUAAAAUAAGUUUCCUGUGUUCGCCACUUACGUUUUCUUCGCCGAUUAAAAGCCGAAACUACUUUAUUACUAUCGAUAGCGCGAAGUAACACUUAUUUUGACGUCUGUCAAUGAUUCUAUGUCAGACUGCUGAAUACGUUUUACUUAUUAGUUAUAUUUUUAACUAUUAUUUAAAAUCUAAUUGGUCACUAUCCCGUUACGGUGUUAGGUGUAGGUCAUUAUGUUUCAUGUUUUGACAAUAAAUUAAUAAUUUAGUAUUAAUGUAUGAUGUAAGGACUUUGUAUUUAUAACAGUUCUGGUGAUCGUGUUGUAUUUAUUAAAUAAAUAAAAACU